UGUCAUUUGUUUUUUUGGAAAACAUCAACAUAGAGAAAUAAUACGAUUAAUUGAUAAAAUGCCCAAAGUUCGGAGAAGCAAAAAGCCUCCACCUGAAGGUUGGGAACUGAUAGAACCGACUUUAGAUGAAUUAGAACAAAAAAUGAGAGAAGCUGAAACAGAAUCUCACGAAGGAAAACGAAAAAACGAAUCAUUAUGGCCAAUUUUCAAGAUUCAUCACCAAAAAUCAAGAUAUAUAUUCGAUUUAUUUUAUAGACGGAAAGCUAUUAGUAGAGAAUUAUAUGAAUAUUGUUUAAUGGAGAAUAUAGCAGAUAAAAAUUUAAUAGCUAAAUGGAAGAAGCAAGGAUAUGAAAGUCUAUGCUGUCUAAGAUGCAUCCAAACAAGAGAUACCAAUUUUGGAACAAAUUGUAUUUGUCGUGUUCCCAAAUCUAAAUUGGAAGAAGGUAGAAUUGUAGAAUGCGUUCAUUGCGGUUGUAGAGGUUGUUCAGGAUAGAGAACUAAGCGAAAUCUUGGGUAAAAUAUGUUAUUUUAUACAUAGCAGUACAGUUAAAAACAGUCUUUUUCUAGUAACUAAGUAUCCUUAAGUUCUUAUUAACGUAUUGUAUUUGAGUGUAUGUUUAUUCCACUAAUGCUAAUCAUUGUGAAAAUUUUUGAAUAAAACAUACUUUAUCAG